AAUCCCUUACAUCGUCAUCGAGGCUCGUCGUCUACGAAACCAUCGAGGAAGAAGAAGCAAAGAGAGACGAAGAAGAGAGUUUCGAUCUGGAUUUAUUUUUACAAAAAUGUUUCUCAAUUCGCAAAAGCUAUGGACGAAGAUGAUUCUAAUUCUAACGAUUUGGUCACCAAUUUCACAGUCGCUUCACUUCGAUCUACACUCAGGUCGAACAAAGUGUAUCGCGGAAGACAUCAAGAGCAAUUCAAUGACUGUUGGUAAAUACAGCAUCGAUAACCCUCACGAAGGUCAAGCUUUACCACAAUCUCACAAGAUCACCGUCAAGGUGACGUCUAACGCCGGGAACAAUUACCAUAACGCGGAACAAGUUGAUUCAGGGCAAUUCGCGUUCUCUGCAGUGGAAGCAGGUGAUUACAUGGCGUGCUUCACUGCUGUUGAUCAUAAGCCUGAGCUAGCGUUGAGUAUUGAUUUUGAGUGGAAGACUGGUGUUCAAUCUAAGAGUUGGGCUAAGGUUGCUAAGAAGAGCCAAGUUGAAGUAAUGGAAUUUGAGGUGAAGAGUCUUCUUGAUACGGUUAACUCGAUUCAUGAAGAGAUGUAUUAUCUUAGAGAUAGGGAAGAAGAGAUGCAAGACUUGAACCGUUCCACUAACACGAAAAUGGCAUGGUUGAGUGUGCUCUCGUUUUUCGUCUGCAUAGGAGUUGCAGGGAUGCAGUGUUUGCACUUGAAGACGUUUUUCGAGAAGAAGAAGGUUAUCUAAAGUUCUACAGAGGUUACGAAAUUUCUUUUUUCUAAGCCCGAACAAACAAAUCUUAUCCUCUUUGAAUGUUGUACAUUAGAUCAAUGGCUGCUCUACCACGUUAUCUGAGAACUUGGAAAUUUGAUUAAAGUGGCAUUAGUUAAUUUUUCCAAGAUGAGUGUAGUUUUGUUUUUGUUUAGAUUUGUUGGUCCUUAGGAUUACUUUGAAUCUUUGAUGGUUUUAAAGUCUCAAAUAAAUUGCGUUUGUCUGUUACA